AUGCCCCGGAGUCCCACGUCCAGUGAGGAUGAGAUGGCCCAGAGUUGUUCUGACUACUCAGAGGACUCUGCCUCUGACAGCUCCCGUGAGGAGACCAUCUACGAGACCAUAAGAGCCACCGCCGAGCCGGCCCCCAGACACAUGGACGACAUACACACUCACUCCCUGGUCGUCCGCAUCGUCAUCCCUGACCUGCAGCAGACAAAAUGUAUGCGGUUCAACCCAAACGCAACCGUGUGGGUUGCCAAGCAGAGGAUCCUGUGCACGCUGAACCAGAGUCUGAAGGAUGUGUUGAACUACGGCCUCUUCCAGCCCGCCAUGAACGGACGAGACGGGAAGUUCCUGGAUGAAGAACGCCUCCUCCUGGAAUACCCACAGCCAAUCAGCAAAGGAGUUCCAUCUCUGGAGUUCCGCUACAAGAACCGAGUCUACAGUCAGCCCCAUGUGGAAGAGAAGCAGAUUGCCAAACUUCACACCAAGGCCAACUUGAGGAAGUUUAUGGACCUCAUCCAGCACCACCAGGUGGAGAAAGUAUCUAGGCUGCUGGAGAGAGGGCUGGACCCCAACUACCAGGAUACAGAGACCGGUGAGACCCCCCUGACAUUUGCGGCCCACCUGGAUAACGUGGUGGAGAUCAUAAAGAUUCUGAAGAAUGGAGGGGCCCACCUGGACUUCAGGGCCAAAGACGGCAUGACGGCCCUACACAAAGCUGCUAGGUCCAAGAACCAGGUUACUCUGACGACCCUGUUGGAGCUUGGUUUGUCUCCAGACUAUAAGGACAGCCGGGGUCUGACGGCGCUCUACCACACAGCCAUGGUGGGAGGAGACCCGUUGUGCUGUGAGUUGCUGCUACAUGAACACGCCACCGUCUGCUGCCAGGACGAAAACGGCUGGCACGAAGUCCACCAGGCUUGUCGGAAUGGCUUUGUCCAGCAUCUGGAGCAUCUGCUGUUCUACGGGGCGGACAUGAGCGCACAGAACGCCUCAGGGAACACAGCGCUGCACAUCUGUGCUCUCUACAACCAGGAUAACUGUGCCAGGGUGCUGCUGGUCCGUGGAGCCGACAAAGCGGUGAAGAACUACAACAGCCAGAGUCCCUUCCAGGUAGCCAUCAUCGCAGGGAACUUUGAACUGGCUGAACUGGUCAAGAACCACAAAGAGACAGAUAUAGUGCCUUUCCACGAGGUCCCGGAAUACUCCAAGCGGCGUCGGGCACUCCCCCCUACCAGCAGCAGCGGCAGCUCCCUGGCGACCCCCCGGGUCCUGCUGCGCUCCAACAGUGACAACAACCUCACGGUGAGCCAAGGGCCCCCCCAGGAGUGGCCCCAGCCCCAGGGACCCCCCCAGCACCACAGACCCCAACACGGAGGGGUCGGACCCCCCACCUCCACCUCCCACCAUAUCCUCUCUCCACAGCUGCUCCAGCAGAUGCAGGGGAACCCCAAUGGCACUGUGAGCACCAUGGGCCAGGGGUCCCGCAGUACCAGCGUGGGGGUGGUCCCCCGGAGUCAGUCCCCGUCCCUCAACCGGCUGGGAGAGGAGGCUCGCAGGCCGCACCCGCAGACACAUGUACAGACACAGCAGACGCAGCACAGACAGCCCAGCCCCAGUGGUAAUGUGGAGGUGGUGGUGCAGCGGAGGAAGCUGUACAGUGCUGUGCCAGGGAGGCACUUUGUGGUGGUCCACGCCUACCGGCCACAAGCCGAGGGAGAGAUCCCCCUCUACAAGAACGACAGGGUCAAAGUUCUGAGCAUCGGAGAGGGGGGCUUCUGGGAAGGCAGUGCCCGGGGCCAGGUGGGCUGGUUUCCUGCGGAGUGCGUGGAGGAGAUUCCUGCCAAGCCCAGCGAGGAGAGGAUGCACACAAGAGCUGACCGCUCGGACAGGAGGAAACUCUUCCGACACUACACUGUGGGGUCCUACGAUAGCUUUGACGCCUCCAGCGACUGCGUGGUCGAGGAGAAGACGGUGGUCUUGACCAAGAAGGAGAAUGAAGGCUUCGGCUUCGUGCUGCGAGGGGCCAAAGCGGACACGCCCAUCGAGGAGUUUACUCCCACCCCUGCCUUCCCAGCCCUCCAAUACCUGGAGUCAGUGGAUGAGGGAGGAGUGGCCUGGCAGGCGGGGCUUAGGACCGGGGACUUCCUCAUUGAGGUCAACCAGGAGAAUGUGGUGAAGGUGGGCCACAGGCAGGUGGUCAACAUGAUCCGUCAUGCAGGGAACAGCCUCAUCAUCAAAGUGGUAACGGUCAGCAGGAAUAUGGACCCUGAGGACACCGCACGCAAAAAAGCCCCCCCACCGCCAAAGAGAGCCCCCACAACCGCCCUGUCUAUGCGCUCCAAGUCUAUGACCUCUGAACUGGAAGAACUAGUGGAAGUCAGUAAAGCCACACUAAGGAAAAAGAAAGGUGAUGGUCAGAAGAAGAGGAUAUGUUUUCAAGUCACUCUAAAUAAAGUGGACGAGGUGUCACCUUCCCAGAAUGCCGUGGACACGAAGGUGGCCACCAUUAAGCCACGCCCCUCCAGCCGCAGUUUGAUCACGCCUACUGACAUGAAUUCCAUGUACGACCGCCAGGGGGGUGUGGCAGUGGUACCAUCCACCAUGCCAGGCAGUCCUAGAAGGGGGGCAUUCCUGGGCAUACUUGCCAAGGGUGGCACCAUGAGGAGACAGAAGUCCAUAGGUAUAACAGAAGAGGAGAAGACGCUCCUCACCCCUCCCCCACUCAAGUUCACCCGCAGCCUCUCCAUGCCCGACACGUCCGAGGACAUUCCCCCUCCCCCGGCCAUCUCCCCCCCGUCUCCCCCCUCCUCCUUCAACUCUCCAUCCGUCUCCCCCACGCCACGGGGCUUAGGCACCAACCGACCGGGCCUCACGCUCAACUCCGCUGGAAAAUGUUCCAACACCACUAUCCUUGGCAACCGCACAGUAGAUGUAGGGACGUUAAGGCGAGGUUAUCACCGCCAGAGCUCAGAACAGUACGAUAGUAGAAGCAGAGGACGGGCACCCGUGCCCGAGAACCCAUACUCGGAGGUGGGCAACAAGGCGCUGUACGUGCCUGCCAAGCCGGCGAGGAGGAAGGGCAUGCUGGUCAAGCAGCCCAAUGUGGAGGACAGCCCAGAGAAGACCUGUUGUGCCCUGCCCUCAGACGCCAUUUCCAUGCCGACCACACCAACUGAGAGGACCUUCUCAUCCAUUCCCAUCCCCACCAUCAUCGUCAAGGAGCCGUCCACCAGUAGCAGUGGAAAGAGCAGCCAGGGCAGCAGUAUUGAGAUCGAGCCCACCACGCCCGAACACCCACCCUUAACGCCCGGGGCAGGGGGCAGGGGACUGAGGCCUGAAGACCCCAUUGUCAACAACCCCUUCGCGGCUGCCAUCGCAGGGGCAGUGAGGGACCGGGAGAAGAGGCUGGAGGCGCGGAGGAACUCGCCCGGCUUCCUCUCCACCGACAUGGGGGAUGAGGACUUGGGAGACCAGGCCCCAUGCCUACUCCAGUCCAAGUCUAUCGAUGAGGGGAUGUUCAGUAAUGAUGAGCACCUGCAGAGGAUAAUGGCUCCCCCGCCGGCCUCCACCCUGCUGCGGUCACAAGAAGGGGGUGACCGUGGGGGUAACGUGACAGACUUCAACACCCCUGAGCCCACCCAGGUGGUGAGGGAGCCCCUGACCGCGCGUACUGGCCAGUACCCCAACCUGGACAGCCCCGUCAGUCUCCCGGCCACUCCACCCAAGACCUACAGCUCCAACGGAGGAAGGGACUACCUGCACCCCGUCACAGGUAAGGCCCUGGACCCUAACUCGCCCCUCGCCCUGGCGCUGGUGGCCCGGGAAAGAGCCAUGAAGGAGCAGACACAAACAACCAUGGCGACGCAAGCCCCACCCCCUUCUCAACCUCAACCGCUCCCCAAGAGCGAUGCCCCCCAGUCCCUCCCUCCCAACCCCCACAAACCUAGCCUCAAUCAGCCCCUCUUCAUCGAUACCAAACUCCGCUCCAACACCGAGGCAAGCUUCGCUACCUCCACGACAACUCUGGGGCGAGGCAGAGUGGUAGGCCUGAGGAGACAGAUGACGGAGCAGAAGUACGAGUCGGAUGGAGCGAGGGAGGAGAGGCAGCAGGCGGAGCAGGAUGGGAAGAGCAUACAGAUCGACGUUGUGAACACGUCACAACCGCAGAAAGCUGCCGGGCUGCUGAUGGUGCACACCAAAAACAGCCCAGAGGAGGAAGACAGGGGGCAGGAGAAUACACCAGCCCAGGACAACAGCAUCCCCAGUGAACUGAGAGACCCCAACCAGCCAAAACCCCCCACCAACAGCCACAGUUCCAUGCCCCUACCCCCUGUGCCACGGGGGAAGAGCAUCACGGCUGGGGGGUCGGUGGACGAGCCAAUCAAGCUGCCCUUCCGCAUGCCCCCUCCCCCACUGGCCUCAGUGGACAUCGAGGAGGUGGAGGAGUUUGUCUUCUCCGAGCCCUUGCCGCCACCGUUGGAGUUCGCCAACAGCAUCGACAUCCCUGAGGACCAGGCAACGGCCAUCGCUGAGUUGCUCAAGCAACGAGACCAAGAGAGACGCAACGGUAUGGGGGACAGGGGGCCAAAUCCACCCCCAUACUACACCCACGCCCCGUCCCCUGUCGGCCAGUUCCGACGGGGAAGCGGGAUGUCCAAUUGCGUGCCCCCACCCUCCUAUCCCCCUCCGCCCCCCAACGGUGGCUUUGAGCAAGGUGUCACUGACUCAGGCAUCGAGGAGGUAGACAGUCGCAGCAGUGGAGACCCCUGUAUGGAGACUACCAGCACAAUUUCCACAGUUUCCAGCAUCUCUAUACUGUCGUCGGAGGGCGGGUACAACAGUGCCCUGGAGAACACUUCUAUGGUCUAUACUGAUGGCCAGGCUUACCUCGAUGACCGACCCCCCGUUCCCCCCAAGCCCAAAAACAAGCCCAUCAUCAACAAGAACACUGCACUUUACCACGACGUCCUCAUGGAAGAAUCCCUGGACUCCUUCGGGGCGCCCCCUCCUGUCCCUCCUCCUCCACCCGGGUCCAUGUCCCCCCCGAAUCUUCCCAGGACUCCCACCCAUCGGUCGUCCAAGCUGUGGGGCGAGCCCCCGGAGCUAAGGAGCCCACCCACGUCCGACCCCAAGGCCACGGUUAUCAACGAGUUGAGCUCCAUCUUAUCACAGAUGUACCGGCCCAAACCGGGGGACUCCUUCGACUCACCCACCACAGGGGCCAGGGGCAGCUUUGGAACUAGCUCUCCAGCCUCAGGAAGCCAACGGAACUCCAGCGUGUCCUUCAGCCUGCCCCCCUCCUCCUGCACACCUCCUUCCAGCCUGCCCCCUCACCUCUGCAGCCCCCCGGACACCUCGUCCCUCUCCUCGCCCCCCUGCCCCUCCUCUUUACCCCACUCUGCCUCGCCCAGCCUCAGCGACCUCUUCGGCCUGCCCACCCCACCCAUGGGGAGUACGAGUGGCUUCGGCAGCAUGGGCGGUAGCCUUGGUGGAGGGUCCUCGUGCGGUGGCUCGCGCUCCCCCUCGCCACUGACCCUAAUGCAGGCCGUAGCCACCUCGGGCAAGCCCUUUGCCUCCAAGCCCGUGGAGCUGUGGAGCAAGCUGGACGUGGCCGACUGGCUGGACAGUCUGAAUUUGUCGGAGCAUAAAGACGCCUUCCUGGACAACGAGAUCGAGGGCGCCCACCUGCCCUCGCUGCAGAAAGAGGAUCUGAUUGACCUGGGGGUGACGCGGGUGGGCCACCGCAUGAACAUCGAGAGGGCCCUCAAAAUGCUGCAGGACAGAUAAAGUCAGGGGGUGUGGAUUUAUCUGAAACACUCUCUGUCCUACCUGUUCUCCUUUUCUGUCUGGGACGAUUUAGGAAUCGGCCUCUGACUCCUCCCUUCCUGCCUUGACUCUGUGGCGUGUUUGUGUUUGAUCAUUCCCAUUCUGCUUCCCGAGUAUCAGGGGAUGUCGGAACCCUGAAGGAACUGCAUCAAUCCAGAAUGGAGAAAAAGUGGGGGAAAUCCUGUAUCCUUUUAGGGAUGCUCUUGUCACCACACUUUGAAAUAUUCUUGAAACGUAGCCCUCAAACACUUUGAAAUACUGAUAGAAAUCCAACUUGGACAUUUUUGGAAUACUAAAGACUACAACUCCCAAUUUGCUUUGGAAUACUCAAUACUUUUUCAAGCUCCCACAGUGCGGGUGUUUGAAACCAGCUGAGCUGGUUGGCGCUCCUUUUCUAUCUUUGCUAGAGUUUCUUCAGAGAAUAUUUCUUCACUAGAGUCAAACCGUGGGUUAUGUUUAUGGAUGCAUCUGACGUUGUAGAGACAUUUGAAAAACAUUAGAAACGAGAACCUUUGCAGAAAUGUUUAGCUUAAUCCUAAACCAUAUCACUCGCUGCGAGCAAACGCACGCACGCACGCACGCGCGCGCGCGCACACACACACACACACAGACACACACACACACACACACAUCCGAUGGCCUUCUCCUGAGAGAAACAUAAUGAUGUGUUAGUCUUUUCUAAUGCAUGGCUGGAGGGGCUCUACUGUAGCAGGCACCACUGUCCCCUUCACAUCCCUGUUCACUGUUGAAGGUGUGUGUAUUUGCGUUUUGUCAAAGACAUGUUUGUGAGGUGUGUGUGCGCACGCUGUGGGAGGUUUGCUAAAUGGGUUUUAGAAAGACAUGAGUGAGAGUGUAAGGCCUAUAUUCAAUCAAAUCAAGCGUUAAGCAGUGCUAGCCGACACCCGCAUAGCUGAUGUUUUGGCAGUGUCGGAGGUGUAACUGUGUUGGAGCUGUCAAAUCGGUGAUCAUUGUCACGAAGCCUCACCCAUUUAUUUAUUGUUAGAAGUUCAAAAAGAGAAAGUGUAUGCUAUAUAGAAAUCAUAUAGCACACAAUAAUACGCUCAAAUUGAAAACCAUGAAACAAAAUAAUUGAGGAUUUCUAUCAACCUAAUCAAGGUGUAGACUGCAUCUCACAUUCCGGUGUUCGAACUUGUAAACAGGGCUGCGUGGGAUUUAUCUUAAUGCGAUUCUGUGCAGCCAAUGGCAAUGUCUGUUUUAGGUAUAAUGCCAGGAGCCGCUUGUGGAUUUGACAGCUCUAACACAGUUCCACCUCCGACACUGCCAAAACAACCCUACGCUGGUGUUGGCUCGUGCGGAUCUGAUAUAAUCUAGCCCUAAGUGUUGGCGUCAUGUGUGUUUUCAUCGUCUUCCACACACUUGACAGUGACCCGGACAGGAGUGGAAUGCCAGACCCCUUACUCCCUACCCCCGAAUCAACCAGCCUCCCUUCAGGCCUAUGACAGAAAUAAUCCACCUAUCACAACAACAAUUUUCCUGCCAUAAUAUCACGAUCUCUCUCCUCUCUAUUCAGCCAUCUUUAAUCAUGUCUAAUCACUGAGUGAUUCCUUUCACAGAUCAAACAUUGUUUUUAUAUUAAUACCAGUGUGUACUGUUGUGUUAUAGGUGAAGGUUUAAAACAAUUUGUUGACAAUGAUUCUCUGCGAGUAUUUGAAGACAACCAUUUAAAGGAUGAGUGCAAAGUGGGUGUUACUUUGUGAUCUGUGUUAACAUAGGACACUGUGGUUGACUGUGUGCUUGUUUUUAGACAGCUAACUUAUACUGUGCAUUGCAGGGGCCAAGAAUACUAUAAAUAAUAUAAAUUCACUCAAAUCUGCUACCCAGACAUUCACACAAUCACCGAAGAGGAUUUUUUUUAUAAAUGUAAAGGAACAUUUACAAAGUUUGUGUAUAAUCAGUGUUUGCAUUGCCGAUGAAUCACAAAAUGUAUUUAUUGACAAGAAGAGGUGUUAGUUCUACCUGGUGUUUCCAGAGGGAAGAAAAUAGGUGUAACACAGCAGCACCAACUGAGCAGCUAUUAGAGGGGUAUGGUUUGAUCCAGCCAAUAGGCUUUCGAUGAUGCAUUUGGUCCCUGUUCAUUUGAGAAUGAGAGGGAGAGUCCUCCGUAACACUUUACUUAAGCCUGCAGGUAGAAGGCUUGCUUAUCAGAAGUUAUAAAGUAUUAUUACUACAGGCUUCAAGUAAAGUGUUACAGAGUCCUUUUCUCAACACCAGGGAUGUGUUGAGAAAAGUAGAACAAGAUUAUCUUCCAAUCAAAGCUCCCAUCUGACCGCCAAUCAAUUGUCUCCAUCCUUUUUCAUGAAACACCGUUAUGUCAAUGUACCCAGGAAGUGUUUGGUGGCAUUGAUUUGAAGUAAAUUGAAUAUAUUUCUUGUUUUGAAUGUGUAUAAAGGAAUGAUUUAAAGAAAAUAGUACAUCUACAGAAUAAUUAGAUGUAUAAUAUUUCUAAACGGUUCAGAGAGAAUUUCUAUGAAAGACUAUGGCCAUUGCAUCCACCCUCAGAACUUAUUUUCUUAUUUCCACUCAAUCCCUGUUUUGUGUUUGGAUAGUGCCUCAAAUAGCUCAUUAUUCUCUACAUAGUGCCCCAUUUCUGGCCUCUCUGCCUCUGAACUAGAUUAGAACUACCCCAGAAUGGACUGCAAAGAGAAGUGUGGAAGCCAUGUAUGCCACUGUAUCCCCAUGACCUAUAUAUUAGAACAUAUCACUACAAAGUGAACCGUAUUUUGGUGGUCAUUCGAGGACAUAUCCCAUGAUUCGAUCAGUUCACAGUGAUGUUCUAUGAACAUAACCAUGAUUGUUUGGAUUGUGUGCAAUUUAGGGUCUCCUGUAGGGCAAAAAAAAAAAGAAGCUACCUUGGUGAGAUUCCUUCUUCUGUCUCCCGGUCCCUGUGUGCAACUGUAUGGUAAUGAAGGGAAUGGGGGGAAACAAGGGAAUACCAGGCCGACAGAAAGACUUGCAGGAGUUAUAACACUGCUAUAAUCCAUUCAUUAUUUUAAAAAGAAUCAACAGAAGUGACAUAGAAAAAAAAGCACAGUAUUUUUAUGAUUUAUAUAGAAUUCUAUGGAAUUUUAUAAAAAGACAUUUGGAGAAAAAUAUUCAACUCUGAAGUGUGGUUUGCCAAAAAGUGAAGAAGAAAACAACUAUAUUAUAUAUAAAUAUAUAUUAAUAGAAAUUAAUAUCAGAUUUAUGAGGAAACUAAGAAGCAAUAUUUAUACUGAAUGGAUAUCCUUGGUUGUGGUUUUUUCCCAGUUUUAAGAUGAACUAUCGUUAUAUAUUAUCACCUGUUGAUAUUAUGAACACUGAUAGAUGAAGUGGACAGAAGACAUUUGUCCAAUCAAAAUAUAUUUUAUAUACUAUCCUCUGGCCAUCACCUGCCUAUCUUGAAUAUUGUAAUUUUUGACAAUUCCAAAUCGCUUAGUCUGUAUAAAAUGUGUGUAUAAAUGACUGAAACGCUUUACAUUUAUACAUAUCCUCACAGUCCACUGGAUUGAAAAUUGUCCAGAUGACACUUUUAUGCUCAACAUAUAUAGAAAUGUACAAAAAAAGAUUAGUUGUGACUGUUGAUUUCAUGGAGAGAAAAAAACAACAUAUCACUAAGCUAAUUUAUAUGUGGAAUAGUAGUAGUAUUAAGAUGCUAUACAAAUCAUCACUGUGUGACUAUAAGGCUAUGUACAUAAGGACUGGCAUGGCUCACUAUCCCCCCUACCAUCACAACACAGUCCUUCACUUACCCAUCGGCAACUAUUUGGAUACUUUUCCUAUUUUCUCUUCUUAUUUUUUCUCUUCUCUUCUUUUUUUUUCAUUCUACAUAAAUACCAAGACGUUUCCGUCUCUUUUGUGUAUAUUUGUGUUCAUGUUCUCUAUGUUGUAAUUCCUCAUGCGUAGAGUCGACUAUCGAAUUAUCAAAAAUGAAAAAGAAAGAGAAGUUCCUUGUAACUGCACUCUUCCUUCCCCCAAAAUCCUCAAUACUUCUUGUAUGGCAACCAAAAGUUACUGUAAGAAAUAAAUAUAAUAUUGCACUAUGGUUGUAUUAAUUUAA